AUGCUCGACGAGGACUACAACGCGCGGGUGGGCGACUUCGGGCUUGCCCGCGUCAUCCAGUACGACGGGAUCACACACCACUCCACGCAGGCGGUGGCCGGCACUCGCGGCUACAUGGCCUACGAGUGCUUCUUCACCGGCCGUGCCAGCCUCGACACGGAUGUGUACGCGUUCGGUGUCUUCAUCAUGGAGGUGGUCAGCGGGAGGAGCCCCAGCAGUGCCGUGAAGUACGAGUACAUGCACGACAGCGACCACCGUGGCAUGGAGGAUUACUCGAGCGACGGGCACCCCUUGACGAUGCACAUUGUGGACUGGACUUGGAGUCUAUACGGCGAGGGGAAGGCCUUGCAUGCUGCCGACCGGUUGCUCGACGGCGAGUUCGAGCAGACGCAGGUGGACUGUGCGGUGAGGCUAGCGUUGGCGUGCUGCCACCCGAACCCGAGGGAGAGGCCGUCCAUAAGAACGGUGGUGCAGGUGUUGAUCGAUGGUGCCCCGGUGCCGGAGCCGCCGGUUAAUAAGCCUGCUUUUGUUUGGCCUCCGGGAGGCAAUCAGCGGGAAAUUGAGCUGCCGGACGUCGGGUUGCUGUUCACCGGAGGGGCUAGGCAGCAGAACAGUUUCUGCUCCAUGACCUCCACUUCCCUCACGGCGAGGUGA